GCUCUGAGCAUUACGUAUCCAUUCUGUCGUUUGUGGACAAGGACCAAUUGGAGCCUGGCUGCUCCGUGCUGUUAAAUCACAAAGUUCACGCUGUUGUCGGCGUCUUAGGUGACGAUACAGAUCCUAUGGUUACAGUGAUGAAACUUGAAAAGGCUCCUCAGGAAACUUACACCGAUAUUGGAGGUCUUGAUACUCAAAUUCAGGAGAUUAAAGAAUCUGUAGAAUUACCAUUGACACAUCCAGAAUAUUACGAGGAAAUGGGUAUUAAGCCUCCAAAGGGUGUGAUACUGUAUGGACCACCUGGUACAGGAAAGACACUGCUCGCCAAAGCUGUAGCUAAUCAAACAUCUGCUACAUUCUUGAGAGUAGUUGGUUCCGAACUUAUACAGAAAUAUCUCGGAGACGGUCCAAAGCUUGUCAGAGAACUUUUCAGAGUCGCCGAAGAACAUGCCCCUUCGAUUGUCUUUAUAGAUGAAAUAGAUGCGGUGGGAACGAAAAGAUAUGACAGCAAUAGUGGUGGCGAGAGGGAGAUUCAGAGAACAAUGUUGGAAUUGCUUAAUCAACUCGACGGUUUUGACAGCAGAGGCGACGUGAAGGUAGUUAUGGCUACUAACAGAAUAGAGACCUUGGAUCCUGCUCUAAUUAGACCGGGUCGAAUCGAUAGAAAAAUAGAAUUCCCACUACCAGAUGAGAAAACGAAAAGAAGGAUCUUCAAUAUUCACACGAGCAGAAUGACCUUGGCGCCUGAUGUGAAUCUUGCAGAAUUGAUUAUGGCGAAGGAUGAUCUCUCUGGCGCGGACAUCAAGGCAAUAUGUACUGAGGCUGGUUUAAUGGCUCUACGUGAACGACGUAUGAAGGUCACUAGCGACGAUUUCAAGAAGUCCAAGGAAAGCGUGCUUUAUCGGAAGAAGGAAGGUUCUCCUGAAGGAUUAUAUUUAUAAGCGUUUAUUAUCAAUAAUUAAUCUCUGUAUAAUUGAACUGCGAAACUAUUCGAGUGUCUCAAUAAAAACUUUCUGUAGGAAA